GUUGCUACAUCAAGUCAUUCUUUUUACUCAACCUAACGUGUGGAGAGGUACGUCUCGUGAAGUUUUUAGUUACAUUAUUUUAUAAAAUUAUCGUAGAUUAUAAGAUAUAACCUUUUUCAGUUUAAAAUAAAACUGUAUUUUCAUUUCAGUGGUAAUUGUUAUCAAUCGCCAUCAAAAUGGUCGCGGCUAAGAAACAAAAAAAGACCAUCGAGUCUAUUAACUCUCGGUUGGCUCUGGUGAUGAAAUCAGGAAAAUACUGCCUGGGUUACAAGCAAACACUCAAGACUUUACGUCAAGGCAAAGCUAAACUGGUCAUCAUCGCCAAGAAUGCUCCACCUCUAAGGAAAUCGGAAAUUGAAUACUACGCUCUAUUAGCCAAAACUGGAGUCCAUCAUUACAGUGGUAACAACAUUGAGUUAGGCACAGCAUGCGGAAAGUACUACAGAGUAUGCACUCUGGCCAUCACUGACCCUGGAGACUCUGACAUUAUCACAACACUGCCUGAGGCAACAGCAUAGAUAAUUAAUAAAUAAUUUUAACA